UAUGUACACAACAAUCAGAGCAGAUUGGUCGACCAUAGUACAGCCUCAGCUGAGGUGCACCAUGCUACCAUCACAGUGCCAUCACAUAUGAAGACGGCAUCAGCGCCAUUGAUAUCGUCAUGGGUGCUGAGCAGUGAGUUCAAUGCCAAUCGCAAGCCUGCCAACUGGCUCUACGGUGUUCCGAGCAACAUCACGACGAUGACGCUGGUGCAUUUCAAUUGGCCUCUUGGGCCAAACGUGCUGCCCUCGUCACUGACCUCAAUUACCUUUGACAAAGGCUUCAACCAGCCAUUGCCGCGCUUCUCUAUCCCACCAAACGUCACAUCACUUUCUUUGGGAGAUGAUUUCAAUCAGAUGAUGCUCGUCAAAGGCCUGCCAACCAAGUUGACCUCGCUCACAUUCGGCAAUGCAUUCAAUCAAGAAUUGCGAAUCGGCAAGCUCACUGCCGUCACAACGUUGGUGCUUGGCCACGAUUUCAACCAACGUCUGCCGAGCGGCUCACUGCCUCGGUCCAUCACAGAACUCUACCUGGGCGAUGAGUUCAAUCAAUCGUUGGAGAUUGGAUCAAUCGAUUCCUCAGUCAACAGUGUUGGUUCAGUUUGGAGAACG